CCCUCUCACUCACCUCCCUCGUCACUCUCACUCUCGAUCUCUCUACCGCUGCUCUCCCAAACUUUGACCGACGAAAACUUUCAUACAAGGCUUUGUUGAAGAGAGGGGAGGAAGCAGGACCAUCGUCAGGAAGGUCUUCAUCACUAAAGAGGGGAAGGAGGAGGAGGAGGAGGAACGAGAAGAGGUCCAUGGAGCCUGCAAUGGAGUCGCGGACACCAAACCUCCAAGUCCUUCCACUAAAGUCAAAAAGAAGAAAGAGGACUACGAAGACGACGAUAAUAGGUUUAAGCUGCGAAACGGCAGGGAGGUAUUUGAAGAAAAAGCCUUCCUUGUUGGUGUUGAGCGUAAAGGUGAUACAGAGGAUUCUUUUGUGGAAAUAAGGGGAGGGAAUAUUGCAUCCAUUGUUAAAGAAGAGGAUGGGCGUGGCAGUUCCAAGGUGGGGCAUAUAGUUGAUUAUGGAGAGGCUUGUGUCAUGCCUGGCCUGAUUGACGUGUAAGCUGUGUAAAACGUCUCUCUUUCUUGUGGUCUAUUUCUUCAUGCAUGCACAUCUUGAUGAUCCUGGAAGAGCAGAAUGGGAAGGAUUUCCUUCAGGGACUAAGGCAGCUGCUGCAGGUGGUAUAACAACAUUGGUUGACAUGCCUCUAUAUAAUUUUCCUUCAACUGUUUCUCGAGAGACUUUGAAACUCAAGAUUGAAGCUGCAGAGGAGAGAAUUUAUGUUGAUGUUGGUUUCUGGGGAGGUUUAGUUCCUGAAAAUGCAUUCAACUCAAGUAUUCUUGAGGGUCUCCUAAAUGUUGGUGUUCUUGGUUUGAAGUCUUUUAUGUGUCCUUCGGGGAUCAAUGACUUUCCUAUGACAAAUGCCAGUCAUAUUAAGAGAACACAAUAGAGGAUAUGGAGAUUGCCUGUCCAUUUUGUCCAGUUAUGUCCAGUUAAUUAUGGCCAACUGAUAUAUUUUGCUUUAGCUGGAGCUGACAGAAAAGAUCUGAUGAGGAAGUUGCCAAAAUUCAUAUAUGAUGAGGAAAAGGCUUUGGAGUUGAGAAGUUGUUCCUGCAUUUAUAAUCCUUAAAAAAGUGCUCAUUGUGUUUGUCCUCAUGCAUGUUUGGUAAAGUGUUUGAAUCUUAAAUUAUACAAAAGGACUACUCUUUGGUUGUGGUUUCGAAGAACAGAAAAAUUAUAGUUAUCCCUCUUAGAAUAUGUUUCCCGUUUAUUUGUUCAGAUUGAUAAAUUCAUUUCCCAACUGCACUUGAUUA